CAUCGGAUUUGACGAAAACCCCGGAUAAGACAAAUAAAUACUCGGACAAGACUAUUUCUCGGCUUAGACAAGACCAAGGUCUAGACAAACGACAGAAUGGAUGACAUUCUUUUAGCAAGGCUUAGGCUCAUUAACGACAAACUCACAACGGACUUAGAAGUAAUACCUAGUACUGUUAAUUUAGAAAAUUUAGUGCAGGCUCAAAUUACCUACGGUAAAUUAGAGGCAUCUCUGAAAAGACUUAAUGGAAACCUGAUGGAGUACUUUAGGCUAGCUUCGACACCCGCAUCUGAUGAAAUCUGCUUGAUAAGUGGGCUUCAGCUUCAAGCAGAGGAGACUUUAGCUGAACUUAAGGUGAAGAUCGACCAGAUAUCUACAUCAAGCAAACCAUCAGAGAAGCUGACUGAAGCGAACUCCUCGUGCAGACUUCCUAAGCUCCAGCUGCCGGUGUAUAAUGGGGAUGGACUGGCGUGGUAUGAAUUUUGGGAUGCCUUCAGAAGCAACAUCGAUGCAAGGAACCUGCCGGAUGUUGACAAGCUUUCGUAUCUCAAAACUUCAGUCACGGGAGAUGCCAAAAAAGCUAUAGACGGUCUAUCAACUACUAGCAACAACUACGCUAUCGCCGUUUCUAUUCUGAAAGAAAGGUUCGGGAAAACUUCACAUCUCAUAGAUGCGCACUAUGCAACAUUAUAUAAGGUUAAGAUGGCCAAAGGCAAUGCGGAUGACUGUAGAAGGACUUUCAACGAAAUCGAGCGGAAUCUCAAAAUUUUAGAAUCACUAGGUGAGAACAUCAACCAUAAUCAUCUACGCUUCAUGCUACUGGAGAAGUUUCCUUCGGAUCUAGUAUACGAAAUAAAACUGAAAGUUAAUGAUGAUUCCAUACAAGAAUUAAGAAGCCAAUUAGAUAAAAUUAUUACAGCCAAAGAGGACGCUGAAAGGAUUUCAGGUAGGAAACGCCCUCAAGGCACAGAAGCUAGUACGGUCGGGACUCUUCAUGUCAAUGCAAAACGUGCAAGAUACGCAGACCAAUCCCAGCCACAACACAGUAACAAGAAGAAACAAAACCAACAAGGAGGCUUCAACAGAAGACCAAUGCAGAAGAAGAAGUUUAAUGGUUUCAAGAAACGUAAUAAAGGCAACGGAUCGAACCAAACUUCAACUUCAAGCAAGGAUCAAGCAGAAACUCGGCAAAGUCUUCCAGGAUUUAAGAAGGGAUUGAAGUGUAUAUUUUGCAAAGGGGACCAUUAUAAUGAUAGUUGCCCUGAAGCAUCUACUUUAGCAGAAAGGAAGAAACGACUUGCAGGACGAUGCUACAUCUGCCUCAAAGGAUACAACGGAGAAGAGUCAGUCCUGACGAUUUUAGAAGAGGGAAUCACAGCACUACAAACAGCAACAGUUUAUGCAAGCCCCAUAGAUGACAAAUAUAAACAAUUUAAAUAUAGGCUUCUUUUAGAUCCAGGUUCCCAACGCUCCUAUGUAACAUUCCGGACUGCAAAGGAAUUAAAGCUUCCUGUCGAAGAAGAGAGUCAUCUAGUAGUAUUCACCUUUGGCGACGAUCCUCCCAGAGAGAUACAUAGCCCAAUAGUCACCCUUCAUCUACUAUCUAGAACAAACAAGAACAUAGUAAUACAGGGUAACUGCGUAGAGCAUAUCUCCAGAGGUUAUAUACCUAACGUCAAGAUGAAGAACUUACCGGAGUCAUAUAUACUAGCGGACGACGGGUCGCUAAGCGGACCUGUACAGAUCUUGGUUGGAAACGAAUAUUACUGCAACAUAACUUACGAGAAAAAAGUACAACUGUCUAGCAAUCUGUUUCUGAUCGACUCUGCACUUGGUUGGAUAAUUAGUGGUAGAGCAGAACCACAGCUUAGAGACGAGUCGUACGUAGUGACUUACACUCAGACUUGCAUUGAAACGAAGCUUCAUCAGCCAGAUACACCUCUUUGUAAUGGAGACAUAAAGAGCCUUUGGGAACUAGAAUGUAUAGGUAUUAGUGAUUCCCCAAGAGCAACUAGAGAAGAAGAAGCCAUCAAGUAUUUUAACGAUACUACUUUAAAAUUAAAUAAUCGUUACACGGUAAGCUGGCCUUGGAUAACUUAUCCACCUGAUUUACCUAAUAAUUUUGGAAUGGCUUUUGGUCGUUUAUCAAGCUUAUUCAAGCGUAUGGAUCAAGAUACAUUGUUAGCAUACCGCGAUACGUUUAAACAACAAUUAGAUAAAGGUAUAAUAGAAGUUGUACCUACUUCAAGAACGUCAACGGGUAACGUCGUUCACUACCUACCUUUCCAUGGAGUACGUCACCGAGGAAAACCUAUGAGAAUAGUUUAUGAUGCUAGCUCCAAGAGUAGCAAGGACACCAAGAGUCUGAACGAAUGCUUGUACAGAGGACCACUCAUGUUAGAAGACCUCACUGGCUUACAUAUAAAAUUUAGAACUCAUCGGAUAGGUUUAACCUCGGAUAUUGAAAAGGCGUUUUUACAGAUGGCGUUACACGAGAAGGAUCGUGAUGUAACCAGAUUCUUGUGGCUCAAAGAUACCUCUAAACUGGUAUCUCAGGACAACCUGCUAUACCUUAGGUUUUGUAGGGUUCCAUUUGGCGUCAUUUCUUCACCGUUUUUGCUUAAUGCAACUAUUAAGCACCACCUGUCCAACGCAGAAGAUCAGCAAGUCAGACAGAAAGCAAAUGACAUAUAUGUGGAUAACUUCGUUUCGGGUACCGACACUACGGACGAGGCGAUGGAACUCUACAGAAAUCUAAAAGGAUCUUUUCAAGAUAUUUCAAUGUCACUCAGGGAUUGGAGUUCAAAUUCUAGGGAGUUCAUGAAGAAAGUCUCUGAUACAUGCAAAGAAGAUAAAGUGAAGGUACUUGGUUUAGAAUGGGACAUCAAAAAGGAUACUCUCCAGUUGAAACCUAACUUACAAGAAGAAGCUGUCACCAAAAGAGGAAUACUGAAAACUAUUGCAUCAAUCUACGAUCCAUGUGGUUAUGCCGUACCCUAUACCCUAUCAUCUAAGCUCUUUUUACAAGAGCUUUGGAAAGCUGGAGUGUCAUGGGACUCACCAUUAUCAAGCGAACUAACAGAAGAAUGGAAAAAGAUCCGACAGAACUUAGAAGCCAUUAGGAAGGUGUCGGUGGACAGAUGCUACAUGAAGACACCAGUGGGAAAAGGCUACCAACUACACUGGUUCACCGAUGCCUCUCUACAGGCUUAUGCAGCAUCAGUCUUUUUAGUUUGCGGCCCGGAGAAGAGCUUCAUUAUUGGUAAAUCCCGCCUGAUACCAAUAAAAGAUCAGGAGAGUCUCAAGAUACCCCGUCUUGAACUUUUAGGAGUACUGAUUGGCAGUAGACUGAUUAGGUUCGUUCUGAAGUUUCUCCAGCAGAAGAUAGUAAGGCAAGUCUUAUGGACCGACAGCCAGAUCGUCAUAGAAUGGUGUAAAUCUGACAAGCCAUUGCCACCCUUCGUUGCCAGGCGGAUAGAAGAGAUCAAAACAAAUAAAGAUCUGGAGAUCAGAUACCUUCCAACAGACCUAAAUCCAGCUGACGUCGGCACCAGACCCACCUGCUCGAGAGAGGACAGGGAGAAAUGGCUGAGUGGUCCACAAUUUAUAGUUCAAAAUCCGAAGACGUGGCCAACAACAACUGGCAGUGGACCAACCAGUUCUCUCUUGAUUGGGGAGGGUCUUGGGAUCCAAGAAGAAGAACUGAUGGAAGUAGUCGAUCCAGAUAUACACAAUGUUAGUCCGAUGGAAACGGAGGAGAGUACAAUUGCAAAGGAAGUAGCGAGUCAAGACAAUGAUCAGAUGCCGGAUAAGUUACUAAAAUUGAAAGAAAUUCAAGCUGAAUACUUUCCUCUAGAGGUAGAAGGAAAAAUUCAGAGCCUGAUCAUGUAUUGA